CUCAUUCCGCGCCGAAGGAGCAUUGUGGGCUAGUCGGAAUAUCUCGCUGUUCUCUAACGUCUGGGUGACUUAUAAGCAGCCUGAAAGAUCGACAUUAUUCAACGGCAAUUCACAGUACAUCUACCGUAAUCCACACUUACAAUGGCUGAUUUCAACAUACGACUUGCUGUAGAGAGUGAUUGUGACGAGAUCGUUCGGUUGAGACAGGAAUUAGCAGAUUACAACAAGAUAUCGGAUAAAAUGGAGAUGACAGCUGAGAAACUGAGGAGAGAUGGUUUUGGAGACCGGAAAUGUUUCCAGUGCCUAGUUGUGGAAGAUAUGAUUGCGUCAGCUUCAAAAGAUAAUGCCGUGCUGUUGGGAUACGCCUUGUACUUUUAUACAUAUUCCGCAAAGGUAGGGCGUGUUCUGUUCCUCGAGGACAUCUUCGUGUCAGCAGCCCACAGGGGGCGUGGUAUAGGAAGUAAACUAUUCCAAGACGUUGCACAGGUUGGUGUGGCCCAGGGUUGUCAGCGGAUGCAGUGGGAGGCAUAUGCUUGGAACAAACCGUCUAUAGCUUUCUACAAAAAACGGGGAGCAAAGAACAUAACAGAUUCUGAAAGCUUGCAUUGGUUCGAAAUAAACGGACCAAAAUUGGAGCAACUAGCAAAGCAAUCCUUUCCUGCGCAUUUGAACAGAGACGUUAUUGCAGAUAACAGGUGAUUUAAAGAUAAUUCUAGCACGAUUCCAAAAUGUAAAGGAUCCUGUCGACAUUUGUUUAAGUGUGAAAACGUUAAUAUUUGCACCUAUGAGAGAAGUCCACUUUUCAGUGUCAACUUUAUCUAAGGAUAUAUAUGUAGAAGUUGAAGGUAGAUAGCCAAAUAUCUGUAAUUACUCGGCAUUUAGCCUGGAGUAAGGAUAUCGGGUACACUAGCUGUUGUUGAAUUUUCACUGUAAUUACAAG